AUUAUUAUUAUUAUUAUUAUUACUAGCUGUGGCCGGCCACGCGUUGCUGUGGCGAAGUCUGGUGGUAUGGGAAAUAAAGUAUUGAGGAAUUGGUGGUAGUUAAGGUAAAGGGUAAAGGUUUUACCUUACAUUAAGUCCAUUAUAAAUGGGUUAUAUAGCUGUGUGGAAGGGCCUUGAGUCUACACUGCCAUAUAAUUCAGUGCAAAUCAGAUAAUCUGUGGAAGAGGCCUAAGUGAGGCCUAACUCAGCCUGUCCCCUGGGCUGAGUGGGUUGCUAGGAGACCAAGUGGGCAGAGAUUAGUCCUCUAACUGGCAGCAAUUGGAUAAAAACAAUUAUUCCUCUCCCUCUAAUUAGGACUUUACUUUUCUUUUUGUUGUAUCAACCUAGAGGCGUGGAUGAUGGGUUGUGUUGUCAAAUUUCGAGGUUGGGGGGCCUGUAGUUUUGUUGUUUUGUUGGUCGCCGUGAUGCCAUCACUCAUUUAUAUAUAUAGAUUAUACUAGCUUGGGGACCUGGUGGUGACCGGGUCAUUUGAGAAAGGCAUUGUUUGCCUGUGUUCCAAGUGUAGUCUCGAUCCAAUGUCAGCUGGGUUCAGUGGCUGCGGGUGAACUACAACUCCCAUAUGCAAGUUCCAUCGUCCAUGGUCCAUCCCUGUCCAAACGGCACCAGGAUGUAGAGUGCAUCAUCGGGGCUCUAUGUGCCAAGUUUGUUUUUGAUCAGUCAUUCGUGGGGGUCACAGUGCUCUCAGGAAGUGUGUAAAGUCCCCUGUUGGGUGAGAAGGGCGGGAUAUAAAUAUUGUAAUAAAUAAUAAAUUGUAAAGAUACUGCAAGUCCCAUCACCCUUGGUCCAAAGUCUUCCAAACUGCACAAGGAUGUAGAGUGGGGCAUGUGGGCUCUGUGUACGAAAUUUGGUACUGAUUUGUCACUGGUGGGAGUCGCAGUGCUCUCUGGAAAUGAGUGAAGGCAUUGCAAGUCCCAUCGUCCAUGGCCCAAUCUCCUCCAAACCGCACCAGGGUGUAGAUAUAAAUAUAGAUAGAUAUUGAUAUAUAUUUAUUUACACCCUGCUUUAUUUCCCCCGAACGGGACUGAAAGCGGCUUCACAUAAAAGCAUCAGCAUAACUAUUUAAAAUAUCCCAAUAUACAGUAGAGUCUCACUUAUCCAACAUAAACGGGCCGGCAGAACGUUGGAUAAGCGAAUAUGUUGGAUAAUAAGGAGAGAUUAAGGAAAAGCCUAUUAAACAUCAAAUAAGAUUAUGAUUUUACAAAUUAAUGACUGUAUUUACGAAUUUAGCACCAAAAUAUCACGAUGUAUUGAAAACAUUGACUACAAAAAUGCGUUGGAUAAUCCAGAAUGUUGGAUAAGUGAGUGUUGGAUAAGUGAGACUCUACUGUACCAGCAUUUCUCAACCUGGGGGUUGGGACCCCUGGGGGGGGUCACAGUGGGAUCACCAAAGACCAUCAGAAAAGACAUAUUUCUGACUGUCUUUGGAACCCCUUAUCACCAAAAAACCUAAUUUGCCCAAUUCUAUCAUUGAUGGGGUUCAAGGGGUGGUUUGAUUGCAGGUGAAUUAUAAUUAAAUGCAACUACUACUCCCAAAUGUCAAGGUCUAUUUUCCCCAAACUCCACCAAUGUUCAAAUUUGGGCUUAUUCAGUAUUGGUGUCAAGUUUGGUCCAGAUCCAUCAUGGUUUGGAGUCCACUGUGCUCUCUGGAUGUUGGUGAACUACAACUCUCAAACUCAAGGUCCAUGCCCACUAAACCCUUCCAGUAUUUCCUGUUGGUCACAGGAGUUCUGUGUGCCAAGAUUGGUUCAUUUCCAUCAUUGGUGGAGUUCAGAAUGCUCUGAUUGCAGGUGAACUAUAAAUCCCAGCAACUACAACUCCCAAAUGUCAAGGUCUAUUGUCCCCAAACUCCACCAGUGUUCACAUUUGGGACUAUUGAGUAUUCGUGCCAAGUUGGGUCCAGAUCCAUCAUUGUUUGAGUCCACAGCGCUCUCUGGACAUAGGUGAACUACAACUCACAAACUCAAGGUCAAGGUCAAUGAUUGCAGGUGAACUAUAAAUCCCAGCACUCCCAAAUGUCAAGGUCUAUUUCCCCCAAACUCCACCAGUGUUCACAUUUGUGCCUAUUGACUAUCCAUGCCAAGUUGGGUCCAAAUCCAUCAUGGUUUGGAGUCCACAGCGCUCUCUGGACAUAGGUGAACUACAACUCACAAACUCAAGGUCAAGGUCAAUGAUUGCAGGUGAACUAUAAAUCCCAGCACUCCCAAAUGUCAAGGUCUAUUGUCCCCAAACCACCAGUGUUCACAUUUGUGCCUAUUGACUAUCCAUGCCAAGUUGGGUCCAAAUCCAUCAUGGUUUGGAGUCCACAGCGCUCUCUGGACAUAGGUGAACUACAACUCACAAACUCAAGGUCAAGGUCAAUGAUUGCAGGUGAACUAUAAAUCCCAGCACUCCCAAAUGUCAAGGUCUAUUUCCCCCAAACUCCACCAGUGUUCACAUUUGUGCCUAUUGACUAUCCAUGCCAAGUUGGGUCCAAAUCCAUCAUGGUUUGGAGUCCACAGCGCUCUCUGGACAUAGGUGAACUACAACUCACAAACUCAAGGUCAAGGUCAAUGAUUGUAGGUGAACUAUAAAUCCCAGCACUCCCAAAUGUCAAGGUCUAUUUCCCCCAAACUCCACCAGUGUUCACAUUUGUGCCUAUUGACUAUCCAUGCCAAGUUGGGUCCAAAUCCAUCAUGGUUUGGAGUCCACAGCGCUCUCUGGACAUAGGUGAACUACAAUUCCCAAACUCAAGGUCAAUGCCCAGUAAACUCUUCCAGUAUUUCCUGUUGGUCAUGGGGGUUCUGUGUGCCAAGAUUGGUUCAUUUCCAUUAUUGGUGGGGUUCAGAAUGCUCUUUGUUUGUAGGUGAACUAUAAAUCCCAGCAACUAAAACUCGCAAAUGACAAAACCAACCCCGAUGGUUAGUCCUAAUCUGCCUUUAAAAUAAGUGCCAGCCUUGUUUCGGGCCUCUCUUUCGGACCCUUGAGGAUUGAAAUUUGAGAGCAAAACAAAGAGCCAGGCUCUAAAGUACACUCAAGGGCCCUUGGGAUUCCUGAGCGGAGGAGAACGGACACGAGAAGCUGAACCAGUCAUGCAAGCCAGCCAUGUGUUGUAGAUAGAUACCACUAUGUAACAUUAUGAUUAUUUGUCCCUGGGUUAUCAAUGCCAUUUCCUAAUUGGUUCUGUGAUCAUAAAAAACAUGGGCAAAGUUUAUCAAACUACACAAACUUUGUUUCAUCCUGCAGCACAUUUUGCUUUAGUUUUUCAAUGAAUGUCUUAUUGCAGUGACGGCCAACCUAUGACACGCGUGUCAGCACUGACACGCCUAGCCAUUUUUGCUGACACGCUGCUGCAUGCAGAUUGAUUGGAUGACUAUGUCUUUUGUGGCCAAAUUUGGUGUGAUUUGGUCCCGGGGUUUUGUUGUUUACUCCAUGGGAAUUAUGCACAUUACAUUUAUUGAUAUAUAUAUAUAUAUAUAUAUAUAUAUAUAUAUAUAUAUAUAUAUAUAUACUAGCUGUGCCCGGCCACGCGUUGCUGUGGCAAAGUGGUGGUGGUAUUGGUUAAAAAUUGUUGUGUAGUUUUUAUUUGUCGUUAUUUGUAUUUUUUUAAAAUUAAUUUUAUUGUAAGUUAUAUUUUUAUUUAUUAUAUUUUAUUAUUUUCUUGUAUUAUUUUUAAUUUUCUGUUAUAGUAUUUUAUUGUAUUAAUUUUUUAGUGUUUUUAAUUAUUUUUAGUGUUUUUAAUUAUUUUUUAUUGGGUUGCUAGGAGACCAAGUUGGAGGAGCUUAGCCUUCUAACUGGCAGCAAUUGGAUAAAAGCAAUUAUUCCUCUCUCUCUAAUUAGGACUUUAUUUUUCUUUUCUUUUUGUUGUAUCAACCUGGAGGCGUGGAUGAGGGGUUGUGUCGUCAAAUUUCGAGGUUGGGGAGCCUGUAGUUUUGUUGUUUUGUGGGUCGCCGUGAUGCCAUCACUCUUUUAUAUAUAUAGAUAUAUAUAUAUACACACACACAUACUAGCUGUGCCCGCCCGGCCACGCGUUGCUGUGGCGAAGUAUGGUGGUAUGGGAAAUAAAGGAAUUGGUGGUAAUUAAGGUAAAGGGUAAAGGUUUUACCUUACAUUAAGUCCAUUAUAGAUGGGUAAUAUAGCUGUGUGGAAGGGCCUUGAGUCUACACUGCCAUAUAAUCCAGUUCAAAUCAGAUAAUCUGUAUUAUAUAGGCAGUGUGGAAGAGGCCUAAGUGAGGCCUAACUCUGCCUGUCCCCUGGGCUGAGUGGGUUCCUAGGAGACCAAGUGGGCGGAGCUUAGCCUUCUGACUGGCAGCAAUGGGAUAAAAACAAUUAUUCCUCUCCCUCUAAUUAGGACUUUAUUUUUCUUUUCUUUUUGUUGUAUGAACGUAGAGGCAUGGAUGAGGGGUUGUGCUGCCAAGUUUAGUGUUUCUGGGAUGUGUAGUUUUGUUGUUUUGUGCUAAGCUGAAAUUUCAUUACCCUUUUAUAUAUAUAUACAGUAGAGUCUCACUUAUCCAACACUCGCUUAUCCAACGUUCUGGAUUAUCCAACGCAUUUCUGUAGUCAAUGCUUUCAAUAUAUCGUGAUAUUUUGGUGUUAAAUUCAUAAAUCCAGUAAUUUCUACAUAGAAUUACUGUGUAUUGAACUACUUUUUCUUCCAAAUUUGUUGUCUAACAUGAUGUUUUGGUCCUUAAUUUGUGAAAUCAUAACUUAAUUUGAUGUUUAAUAGGCUUAUCCUUAAUCCCUCCUUAUUAUCCAACAUAUUCGCUUAUCCAACAUUCUGCCGGCCCGUUUAUGUUGGAUAAGUGAGACUCUACUGUAUGUAGAGUGUGUGUGUGUGUGUGUGUGUGUGUGUGUGUGUGUGUAUAUAUAUAUAUAUAUAUAUAUAUAUAUAUAAAAUACAAUUUCUAUUAGUAUUCUAUUAUUAUUAUUCUAUUAUUAUUGUAGUAUAUUAUCAUAUUAUUACUAUUAUAUUAUUACUAGCUGUGCCCGGCCACGCGUUGCUGUGGCAAAGUGGUGGUGGUAUUGGUUAAAAAUUGUUGUGUAACUUUUAUUUGACGUUAUUUGCAAUUUUUUAUUAAUUUUAUUGUAAGUUAUAUUUUUAUUUAUUAUAUUUUAUUAUUUUCUUGUAUUAUUUUUAGUUAUUUUCUGUUAUUAUAGUAUUUUAUUGUAUUAAUUUUUAGUGUUUUUUAUUAUUUUUUAUUGGGUUGCUAGGAGACCAAAUUGGAGGAGCUUAGCCUUCUAACUGGCAGCAAUUGGAUAAAAACAAUUAUUCCUCUCCCUCUAAUUAGGACUUUAUUUUUCUUUUCUUUUUGUUGUAUCAACCUAGAGGCGUGGAUGAUGGGUUGUAUUGUCAAAUUUCGAGGUUGGGGGGCCUGUAGUUUUGUUGUUUUGUCCACUGCCCUGAUGCCAUCACUCUUUUAUAUAUAUAGAUUAUUAUUAUUAUAUUCAUUGCUCAUGACUACAUUGAAACUAGAAUAGAGAGAAAUCAGCGUGGAAACUGCAAGAGGUACCAUAGAUUGUUGUACAUGGAAAUAAGGGUAGAAAAUAGUUUUUCAUUUAUUAUACAGUUAUAGAAUACAGUUAUAUAUUACAAUUAUAUAUUUUUGUUAUUUAAACUAUACAUAUUGCGAAAUUAUGGGGUUUUUUUUUCUCAAAGUGACACACCACCCAAGUCAUGCUGGGUUUUUUGGUGAAUUUUGACACACCAAGAGCAAAAGGUUGCCCAUCACUGUCUUAUUGAGUCUCAAACAACUCAAAUGAUUUUAUUUUACUGCUGUUUGUGUUUAAUUCUGUUUUAAUUUUUGUAUAUUUGUAUAUUUUGAAUGGUUAUGCCAGGGGUCCCCAAACUAAGGCCCGGGGGCCGGAUGCGGCCCUCUAAGGCCAUUGACCUGGCCCCCGCUCUCAGUUUUAGACUUAGGCUUGCCCAAAGUCUGAAAAUAACAAAGGCACACAAUGACAACAAUCCUACUUGAUUAUCUCAAUGGCCAGAAGCAGGCCCACACUUCCCACUGAAAUCUUGAUAAGUUUACAGUAUGUUGGUUAAAAUUAUUUUUAUUUUUUAAAUAUUGUAUUGUUCUUUCAUUUAUCAAUAUUGUAAAUGAAAUAUUGUAAAUGAAUGAUAUGGUAAUAAUAUAAUAUAUUGUGUAUACAUAUAAUAUUAAUAGUGAUAUUAUAAUGUAAUACAAUAUAAUAUUUAUUAAUUUAUUACAGUAUUUCUACCCCCGCCCUUCUCACCCAAUAGGAGACUCAGGACGGCUAAUAAUAAUAACAAUACAAUAUAAUAAUAUUGUACAAUAUAAUAAUAUUAAUUAUAUAUUAUAUAUUAAAUGUAAUAUUACUAAUAAUAUUAUGGUAUAAUGGUAUAGUACAAUAUAGUAACAUAUAAUGCUAAUAUUGUGCUAUGCUAAUACUGUAAUAUAAUAUAUUGUAUGUACAAUAUAUUAUUAGCAUAGCACAAUAUGCUAUGUGGGGUAUAAAUGUAGUAAAUAAAUAAAUAAGUAAUUGUUGCUGGGUUUUUUUUUGUUGGUUUUUUUUGGGGUUUUUUGCACUACAAAUAAGACGUGUGCAGUGAGCAUAGGAAUUUGUUCAUUUUUUUUUUUUCAAAUGAUAAUUCGGCCCCUCAACAAUCUGAGGGACCAUGAAUCGGCCCUCCACUUAAAAAGUUUGGGUUAUGCUAAUGCUUUUAUAUUAAGCUGCUUUGAGAAAAAGCGGGGUAUUAUCUAUCUAUCUAUCUAUCUAUCUAUCUAUCUAUCUAUCUAUCUAUCUAUCUAUCUAUGUAAAUAAUAAAAGUCAGUGUUUGUAUGUGUGUAUGUGGCAUCUUUCUGAUUGGCUGCCACUUUCACAGGCCACUGUGACCGCCACGAAUGACAGACCUGGUCCAAACUUGGCACACAUCACCCCCAUGAUGCACUUUUCAUCCUGGUGCCGUUUGGGGGGCAAUGGGCCACAGAUGAUGGGAUUUGCAGUACUUUCAAUUGCUUCGCUUCCCACAGACCACUGCGAUGCCCACCAGUGAGGGAACUGGACCAAACUUGGCACACAGAACCCCCAUGACCCCCUUGACAUCCUGGUGCUGUUUGGAGGAAGAUGGAUCAUGGAUGAUGGGAUUUGCAGUACCUUCACUCACUUCCUGGGACCACUGCAAAUGCCAGGAAUGACACAACUGGACCAAACUUGGCACACAGAACCCCCAUGACCCCCUUGACAUCCUGGUGCUGUUUGGAGGAAGAUGGAUCAUGGAUGAUGGGAUUUGCAGUACCUUCACUCACUUCCUGGGACCACUGCAAAUGCCAGGAAUGACACAACUGGCCCAAACUUGGCACACAGAACCCCCAUGACCCCCUUUACAUCCUGGUGCUGUUUGGAGGAAGAUGGAUCAUGGAUGAUGGGAUUUGCAGUGCCUUCACUCACUUCCUGGGACCACUGCAAAUGCCAGGAAUGACACAACUGGCCCAAACUUGGCACACAGAACCCCCAUGACCCCCUUUACAUCCUGGUGCUGUUUGGAGGAAGAUGGAUCAUGGAUGAUGGGAUUUGCAGUACCUUCACUCACUUCCUGGGACCACUGCAAAUGCCAGGAAUGACACAACUGGACCAAACUUGGCACACAGAACCCCCAUGACCCCCUUUACAUCCUGGUGCUGUUUGGAGGAAGAUGGAUCAUGGAUGAUGGGAUUUGCAGUACCUUCACUCACUUCCUGGGACCACUGCAAAUGCCAGGAAUGACACAACUGGCCCAAACUUGGCACACAGAACCCCCAUGACCCCCUUUACAUCCUGGUGCUGUUUGGAGGAAGAUGGAUCAUGGAUGAUGGGAUUUGCAGUGCCUUCACUCACUUCCUGGGACCACUGCAAAUGCCAGGAAUGACACAACUGGCCCAAACUUGGCACACAGAACCCCCAUGACCCCCUUUACAUCCUGGUGCUGUUUGGAGGAAGAUGGAUCAUGGAUGAUGGGAUUUGCAGUGCCUUCACUCACUUCCUGGGACCACUGCAAAUGCCAGGAAUGACACAACUGGACCAAACUUGGCACACAGAACCCCCAUGACCCCCUUUACAUCCUGGUGCUGUUUGGAGGAAGAUGGAUCAUGGAUGAUGGGAUUUGCAGUGCCUUCACUCACUUCCUGGGACCACUGCAAAUGCCAGGAAUGACACAACUGGACCAAACUUGGCACACAGAACCCCCAUGACCCCCUUUACAUCCUGGUGCUGUUUGGAGGAAGAUGGAUCAUGGAUGAUGGGAUUUGCAGUACCUUCACUCACUUCCUGGGACCACUGCAAAUGCCAGGAAUGACACAACUGGACCAAACUUGGCACACAGAACCCCCAUGACCCCCUUUACAUCCUGGUGCUGUUUGGAGGAAGAUGGAUCAUGGAUGAUGGGAUUUGCAGUGCCUUCACUCACUUCCUGGGACCACUGCAAAUGCCAGGAAUGACACAACUGGACCAAACUUGGCACACAGAACCCCCAUGACCCCCUUUACAUCCUGGUGCUGUUUGGAGGAAGAUGGAUCAUGGAUGAUGGGAUUUGCAGUGCCUUCACUCACUUCCUGGGACCACUGCAAAUGCCAGGAAUGACACAACUGGCCCAAACUUGGCACACAGAACCCCCAUGACCCCCUUUACAUCCUGGUGCUGUUUGGAGGAAGAUGGAUCAUGGAUGAUGGGAUUUGCAGUGCCUUCACUCACUUCCUGGGACCACUGCAAAUGCCAGGAAUGACACAACUGGCCCAAACUUGGCACACAGAACCCCCAUGACCCCCUUUACAUCCUGGUGCUGUUUGGAGGAAGAUGGAUCAUGGAUGAUGGGAUUUGCAGUACCUUCACUCACUUCCUGGGACCACUGCAAAUGCCAGGAAUGACACAACUGGACCAAACUUGGCACACAGAACCCCCAUGACCCCCUUUACAUCCUGGUGCUGUUUGGAGGAAGAUGGAUCAUGGAUGAUGGGAUUUGCAGUGCCUUCACUCACUUCCUGGGACCACUGCAAAUGCCAGGAAUGACACAACUGGCCCAAACUUGGCACACAGAACCCCCAUGACCCCCUUUACAUCCUGGUGCUGUUUGGAGGAAGAUGGAUCAUGGAUGAUGGGAUUUGCAGUACCUUCACUCACUUCCUGGGACCACUGCAAAUGCCAGGAAUGACACAACUGGACCAAACUUGGCACACAGAACCCCCAUGACCCCCUUUACAUCCUGGUGCUGUUUGGAGGAAGAUGGAUCAUGGAUGAUGGGAUUUGCAGUACCUUCACUCACUUCCUGGGACCACUGCAAAUGCCAGGAAUGACACAACUGGACCAAACUUGGCACACAGAACCCCCAUGACCCCCUUUACAUCCUGGUGCUGUUUGGAGGAAGAUGGAUCAUGGAUGAUGGGAUUUGCAGUACCUUCACUCACUUCCUGGGACCACUGCAAAUGCCAGGAAUGACACAACUGGACCAAACUUGGCACACAGAACCCCCAUGACCCCCUUUACAUCCUGGUGCUGUUUGGAGGAAGAUGGAUCAUGGAUGAUGGGAUUUGCAGUGCCUUCACUCACUUCCUGGGACCACUGCAAAUGCCAGGAAUGACACAACUGGCCCAAACUUGGCACACAGAACCCCCAUGACCCCCUUUACAUCCUGGUGCUGUUUGGAGGAAGAUGGAUCAUGGAUGAUGGGAUUUGCAGUACCUUCACUCACUUCCUGGGACCACUGCAAAUGCCAGGAAUGACACAACUGGACCAAACUUGGCACACAUAUCCCAAAUGCUAGAUGGAGGGGGCUAGACUAGAUGGCCUUUGGGGAUCCUUUCCAACUCUCGGAUUCUAGGCUUCGGGCCAGCUCUCCUCGUCCGGCUGCAGGCGUGAAAUCUCUUCAGAUGUCCCUGAAGGAGAUCAGAUGGGUGCUUGGGUUCCCCGCCUUCUCCAUUAGCCGCCCAGCAAUGUGACUUCCAUGUGACUCCGGAUGCAGAGAGACUGGGGAAGCAUCUGUCCGUCCAGGGAUUCCUUGGAAAGCCCCUCGACGCCACUGGUGUGAGUGCCUUUUUGGGAGAAACACCGCAGGACCAUGGCCGUAGCGCCCAGCAUCCUGCGCUUCAAGUUGGUCCUGCUGGGGGAUUUUGGGGUGGGCAAGACCACCUUCUUCCACCGCAUCCGGACGGGGCUCUUCCUGGAGGAGGCACACUCUCUCAGCCAACACAUGAGCCUCUGCGAGACGACCAUGCCUCUGAAACACGGGCGCAGCACCCUCCAAGCCCAGGUUGCCUUAUGGGACACGGCCGGCGAGGAGCGCUUCCUCUCCCUGAGCAGCUGCUAUUUCCGAAACGCGGACGCGGUGCUCUUAGUCUACAGCCUCCAUGCGCCGGGCUCCUUCGACAGCCUCCCUCACUGGGCAUACGUGGCCACCGAGAACUGCGCUGACGCCGAAGUCUUUCUUUUGGGCAACAAGAGUGACUUGGAGAACUUCAUCUCCGAAGAGAAAGCGGAGAAGUUUGCAGCGGAGCACUCUGCAGCCGGGAGGUUCAAGGUGUCGGCCAAGACAGGCGAGAACGUGGAGCGGAGCCUGCAGGAGAUGGUGGAGCGGCUCUUUCUCCGGAAGGAGUUCCAGCGCAGCGGCCUCCAAGUCCCUUUGCCAGAAGCCGGAUACUACAACAACUGCGGCUGCUGAGUAGAACUGUGGAGGAGCAUCUACACGGUAGAAUUAAUCCAGUUUGAUCCCACUUGCAUGCACGGCUCAAUGCUAUGGACUCCUGGGAGUUGUACAUUGACGAGUCAUUCUUUGGCAGAAGACCUUGUAAAACUACAACUCCGAUGACUCCACAGUAUUGAGCCAGGGAAGUCGAAGUGGUGCCAAACUGCAUUAACUUUACAGUGUAGACGCACCCCAGGAUGGCCCCUUCCUUGCUGCCUUCUAUGGAUUCUCAGACACUAUUUGUAGAGAAGUUAUGUGUAAAACAGAGAUUAUUGAUAUGAUAUAUUAUUAUAUGAUACUAGCUGUGCCCGGCCACGCGUUGCUGUGGCGUUGUCUGGUGGUGUUGGUGAGAACUUGUUGCGGUAAUGGUGGUAUUGAAUGUGUGUUGUAUGGUUGUCUUUAUGUUUAGUAUGCAUUUAGUUGUUUGUGUACUGUGAUAGAGGGGGUCUAUGUCCCUGUGUAGUAUUGUAUAGUAUUUAUACGUUGUCCAUGUGUUGGGAAUGCUUGGAUUGUGUCCUGCUGCAUAGUAGAAAGGGUUGGGCUGGAUGGCCCUUAGCCGUCUCUGCAAACUCAUGGAUUCUAUGCUUCUAUUAUUAUUAUUAUUAUUAUUAUUAUUAUUAUUAUUAUUAUUAUCAUCAUCAUCUUCAUCAUCAUUAUUAUGUAGAGGCUGGAUGGCCAUCUGUCAGGAUAAUAUAAGAUUAUAAAUGGGUAAUAUAACUGUGUGGAAGGGCCUUCAGUCUACAUUGCCAUAUAAUCCAGUGCAAAUUAGAUAAUCUGUAGAAGAGGCCUAAGUGAGGCCUAACUGUGCCUGUCCUCUGGGCUGAGUAGGUUGCUAGGAGACCAAGUGGGCGGAACUUAGCCUUGUAACUGGCAGCCAUUGGAUAAAAACAAUUAUUCCUCUCCCUCUAAUUAGGACUUUAUUUUUCUUUUCUUUUUGUUGUAUCAACCUAGAGCCGUGGAUGAUGGGUUGUGUUGUCAAAUUUCGAGGUUGGGGGGCCUGUAGUUUUGUUGUUUUGUCCGCUGCCCUGAUGCCAUCACUCUUUUAUAUAUAUAGAUAGUUAUAUAUUAGCAAGGAAAAGCCUAGCAUGGAAACUAGCGGGAAGCAGCAUUUGGUAGGUUGCCAUGGUAACACAGCUUCCCUUGGGAGAAAAGGGGCGUGGCUAAGAUGACAGUUGGAGCAGAUUCCCUUUUUUAAAAAAGUUCAGUUGCUGUGAGGGUUUAAAAAGGACAGUUGCGGUUAGGUUUUGGAAAGAUUAGGAGCUGUGGAAAUCAGCUAAGGACGGCAGCUUAUGGUCACUCAGGGGAAAGGCUGGGAAUGUAAGUUGACCGGGGGAGUUUAGUAUACUGUUUUGAAGAGAAGUUAUUUAAGAAAUAUCCAUUCAAGAAAGACUACAUUGUAACUUAAGAUCCGGAACGUUUACUGAUUGAAACCAUACGCUUAUGUACCAAAAAUAAACUUGAAUUUUGUUAUUGUUCAUAAAGAUAA